AUGAAGAGACUCCGGUGCGACAUGGAAUUCUUCUUCUGGUUCGAAAAAACUGGAAGGAUAGAAAAUCAAACCGAAUCUCUGAAUGUCAUCGUUACCAAAUGGUACACUCAGAGAAACACGGUGGUAGAAUCCACAACGCCUCCCCUAGAAGGACUUAACAUUUCCUACUCCAAUGAAGUCAUUAAGGCUUCACCUUUUAAGACCAAGUCCGAACGAGGCACAAUGACGCCUCAAUGUAAAGAUCUUGAUCGAAUAAUUGAGCAAAACAAUUAUACAAAUCAGGUUCUUCACACAAUUUCCCAGCAGAUUGAAGAAACCAAGAGUUCCCCUCUCUCUGCGCCUCUACCGAUCAAGAGCACUCCAAGCUCUAAACCUCUUUCUAAUCCUAUCUUUAAACUCCCAGAGUUUCAUAAGGAUAAGUUUCCAAAUCUCAAUGAAGAUUUUAAAUUAUCCGAACAAAUUCUGGAAAAGAUUAACUCUAAACUCACCAAGUUUAAAAUAUCUCAAGAGCCUUCUAGCUCAAAAGACUCUUCUAGCCCUCCAGCAAGAAACUCUCUCUCUAAACUGACUAGUGAUCGGUUCUCAACUCGGAAAAACUAUUAUCGAAAACCUUCUCCCCCUGACAUCCAGUUCGAGGAAAAUCCUUACCUCUCCACAUCUAAUCAUGAUGGACGCGGCAUCACUGAAUGGAAUAUUGAUGGUCUGGCUGAGCAUCAAAUCUACAAUAAACUUCAUGAGAUAGCGGUAGCCAUCACGGCCUACAAAAUCAAAGGUUCCUCUGAUAAUGGUGCCGCCACCAUGGUUGUCUCGGGUUUCACCGGUAUGAUCAAACACUGGUGGGACAAUUAUGUCUUUGAGAAAGAGAAGAACCUCAUCUAUAACGCCACGGUUCUUGAACAAGUAACCCGAACUGUUGAUGGUCGAGAAACCCUGGUUCAAGAAGCACAAAAAGACGCUUGUGCAACCCUUCUCUAUCAUAUAGCUAGACAUUUUGUAGGAGAACCAAAACUCUUCCAAGAUAGAAGUCUAGAGAUCCUUAACAACCUCCGUUGUAAAAAUCUUGCCGACUUUAGGUGGUAUAAGGAUACCUUCCUUGUUAAAGUCAUGAUCAGACCUGACUGCAAUAAUGACUUCUGGAAAGAAAGAUUCAUCAGUGGUCUUCCCUCAUUAUUCGCAGACAAAGUCCGAACAAAACUUAAGGAUAGAUUUGAGGGCCAGAUUCCUUACAACAUCCUUACUUAUGGAGACUUAGUAAGUUUCAUUACCACUACGGGGAUAGAACUCUGUACAGACCUUAAGCUUAAACAACAGUUGAAGCAGAAUCACAAAUACGGUCUGACAACCUUCUGCCAAGAUUAUGGUUUUACUGACCUCCAUGACGGAAAGAGGCAUAAAAGAAUGCCCCCGAAACGUCAUAAAAAGCCUUAUCUAAAAAGAAAGACUUCCUAUAAAGAAUCAGGUUCUUAUAAGGAGUCAAGUAAACCCCACCGAAAAACCAGACGCAAAUCUUUCGCAAAAUCCAAAGAUACCUGUUGGACUUGCGGUAAGACCGGCCAUAGGGCAAAAGAUUGCACAUCAGGUAAACGGAAGAAGAUCAAUCUUCUUGAUCUACCCGAUGAAACCAAAGAAAAACUCUUCUCCAUUAUGGAAGACCCCUCUGAAGCAUCUGACUCUUAUUCUUCUUCCGAAGAUGAAUAUAGCGAUGAAGAUUUCAUCAACACCGCUUAUGAGUCUGAUAGUUCCCAAUCAGGGCAAGACUGUGAGUGCAAGGGCACUUUCUGUAUUUGCUCACGAAAAGUUAUCAAUGUCAUUACUGACAAACCAAAGGAAAUCCUGUUUGAUAUUAUCGAACACAUCGAUGACGAAGAGCUUAGAACUAAGUACCUCCAAGAGCUCAAACGUCUUGUGCUUUCUGCUGAUGAAAGCACCUCCAAACCAAAACCAAUUGUUCAGCCUUUCUCUAUGACUAGAGUUAUGGCUAAAUUCAACCCGCCUUCUGAACCUUCCAUAGCAGAACUUAAGGGUGAAAUCUCCAUACUGAAAGGAGAAAUCUAA